AUGUCACUUGAGAGGGGGAGUUCGGGCUACCUCAUUGGAGACUGGAGCGAUUUCAUCUACGAAUACCUGUUAGUGCCGGUCUUCUCCAUCCUCUACCAAGAUCGCACCAAUUUCCGCGGGUUCUUCGUCAAUGCCAGACAUCUCAUCACCGUGGUGACUACUUUCUACUAUGAGCUAGAAACGGGGCUACACUAUAGCACUACGUCCACUCACGAGGGCUUUCGCGUUCCCACAAUCACUGCAGCUCAUCCUCCCUUGUACCGAAAGGCAAUGAAAAGACUAGUUGGGAGGUCUUUCCUCCGCUCCGUCAUUGCAACACUUGGCUGUGGGGUAGACAUCUACGGAUAUCGACGUUUGAAUUGCUCCAAGUCAAGCUGUUUGGAGCAUCUUGGACGGCGGUACAAGUUCUACUUGGCAAUCGAAAAUUCCAACUGUCGGGCGUACCUAACAGAGAAGCUGUUUCGCACUGCCCUGAGGUGA